AUGCAUGGUAAAGACACAUAUACAGAAAAAUGCACCAAGUGCCCGAAUGUUCAAUAUCCAAAUGAGAACCGAGUCCAAUGUAUCCCCAAAAGAAUAACCUUCCUGUCCUAUGAGGAGCAUCUGGGCAUCAUCCUCAUCUCCAUUGCCCUACUCUUGUCCCUCACCACAGGCCUUGUUUUCAUCAUAUUCCUCCAAUACCUAGAAACUCCCAUCAUCAAAGCCAACAACCGGGAGCUCUCCUUCAUCCUCCUGAUCUCCCUCCUGCUUUGCUUUUUGUCCUCCUUUCUCUUCAUUGGCCGACCAAGAAAAGCCACCUGUCUUCUCCGACAGACAAUGUUCAGCAUUGUCUUCUCAAUAGCUGUGUCUUCUGUGUUGGCCAAAACUAUCAUGGUGGUGCUGGCCUUCCUGACCUCAAAACCAGGGAAGAUAAUGAGAAGAUGGUUGGGGAAGAGUUUGGCCAACUCCAUCGUCCUUUCUUGUUCAGUUAUCCAAAUUCUCAUCUGUGCCAUGUGGUUGGGAGUUUCUCCCCCAUUUCCUGACUCUGAUCUGCACUCCCAGCCUGGAGAGAUCAUCCUUCAAUGCAACGAAGGCUCUGUCACCAUGUUUUAUGUUGUUCUUGGCUACAUGGGCUUCCUUGCUGCAAUUUGCUUCACUGUGGCUUUCCUGGCCAGGAACCUUCCUGGAGCUUUCAAUGAAGCCAAGCUGAUC